CUAGUCAUCUAGAAACGACGGAAGCAAUGAGUUUGUUACCUUCUCUGGUGCAUCUACAUAACAAUCCAACUGCCAAGAAAGUCUGCUUUAAGUGCACCAUUCUGUGAAGCUUUCCUAGAGAGGUCACAGACCAGUGCCAUAGAUCAGAGAGAGAGAGAGAGAGAGAGAGAGAGAUGAAGGUGGUGUGUGUGACAGGAGCAUCCGGUUAUAUAGCAUCAUGGUUGGUGAAACUCCUGCUCCAAAGUGGCUACACUGUCAAAGCGACUGUUCGUGACCCAAGUGAUGCAAAGAAGACUGGGCAUCUGCUUGCUCUAGAUGGAGCCAAGGAGAGACUUCAUCUUUACAAGGCAGACUUACUGGAAGAAGGAUCUUUUGAAUCUGUUGUUGAUGGCUGUGAUGGUGUCUUCCACACUGCAUCACCUGUGCUUCUCACCCCAAAAGACCCCAAGAUGGAGCUGAUAGAUCCUGCAGUGCAGGGAACAAUUAAUGUUCUUUCUUCUUGUGCCAAAGUCCCAACAAUCAAGAGAGUAGUGAUAACAUCUUCUAUAGUUUCAGUUGCAUUCAAUGGAAAGUCUUUGACUUCCGAUGUGACAGUAGAUGAGACUUGGUUCUCUGAUCCAGUCUUCUGUGAGAAAUCAAAGCUUUGGUAUCCAGUUUCGAAAACCUUAGCAGAAGAGGUAGCGUGGAAAUUUGCAAGAGAGAAGGGGAUCGAUUUGGUCACGAUGCAUCCUGGGUUUGUCAUUGGUCCCCUACUACAGUCUUCGCUUAAUCUCAGCGCAGAAAUGUUUCUCAACCUCAUCAAUGGAACUCAAACUUUUCCUGACACAAGCUACAGAUUUGUUGAUGUAAGAGACGUUGCACAUGCACACAUUCAAGCUUUCGAAUCUCCUUCCGCUAACGGCAGAUAUUGUCUUGUUCACAAAGUCGUGCAUUCUCACGAUGCUUUGAAGAUCUUGCGAGAGCUAUAUCCUGCUCUACACCUUCCUGAUAAAAGUGAAGAUGAAGAGCCUUCCGUGCCAACCUAUAAAAUAUCAAAUGAGAAAGCCAGAAGUCUGGGCGUCAGUUUCACUCCCUUGGAGGUGAGUUUUCAGGACACUGUGGAGAGCUUGAAAGAGAAGGGUUUCUUCAAGGACUGAUGCUACAACGGGCGACUAAAAGAAUAAAAACUAUGCCAAAGUCGAUUAGAUGGGCAUUUUCUGCCGCAACACACUUACAUCAGAGUUUCCUUCGGGGCGAUCUGAAAUUUUCAAAUUUCUCCAGAAUUUCUACAAUGCCACCUGAAGCUUGCGGAUGCAGCUAUUGUCAUUGUCAGACGAAUGUUUGACUGUUAUCUGUAUUGAGUAGCUUGAAAUCCAGCGGCAAUCCAAGGAGUUCACAUGUGCAUGGUAGUGAAACUCAAGCGUCCUGUGUCAAAGGGAUAAAAGAGAAAAUGGCAAUAAAGACAAUGGGUCUAAUAACCAAAAGUCUACGUGUAGUAAAGGUACAACCGAUGCAGUCAAUUCCAGGAAACAGGAAGAUGUUCUGGCCUGCUAUCCG